UCGAAGAAAUAUAGUCUUCAAAAUUCUUCGAUAGUCAGCACUUUGAGUCAAUUCAGGAAUUUAAAGCUAAUGGUUAUAUUACAUGAGAGGGAAAGAAAAGUACUAAUUCACGAAAGCUUAACACAGAAAUGAAUUUUCAUAAACCUCGCACUCAUUCAGGAAAGAAGGUAACUAAUGCUCUGAAGACUUUAAAGAAUGAGAUAAUAAACGAUGAGAAUCAACCAAGUAAAACUGAUUGAAAGAUUGGGUCAGAAAAACAAAUUAAAGAAAUCAAGUCUAGAAAUAAACCUUUGUUAGAUAGAUUCCUUACCUUAUCUCAAGAAUGCUAUGGCUCUUCAAUGGACAGGAUGAAAGUGUUCUGUAAUGUGACUUCUAGUAAUAUGAACUUAAGACUUCCAGCUGAGAUCAGUCGCUUUAACCCAACUGGAGAUACAUGGGCUCAGCUGAAGUCUUCUAGUUCCUCUAAAGUAGAGAAUGAUUCUAAAUUUCAGCAUAAAUUAAAGAAACUAAUCAAAAAUAGUGGAAUAAACAAGGAAAGUUACUUAAAUAGUCAAAGAAUGAAUUUGAGGCCUAAUUGAACUCUCCCUCACACUAGCCAGUAUCAGAAGAUUUAUAAGCCAAGCAACAAAUACUUGAUGGAAAUUGCAAAUGGAAAAUAAAGGGCUACUUAACUUGAAUCCAAUGAAGAAGGGAAGACGGUCUAUGGAUAAUUUACUAGCUCAUAGAGCAGGAGUAAUUAAUGUGAACUAUAAAUAUGGACGGUGAGUAUCCGAAAGAAAUUCAAUGGUUUUACCCAAUUUUAGCAAUUACAAUAAGCGUUUUCCUUUCGAUCAAAAUCAUGAGAAUAAAACUAUUGAAAAGUUGCCAAAUAAUAUGAAAUUUGAGAAAAACAGAAAUUUUCAAACUAUUAAUGAAGGGGUCGUCGGAGUUCAUCUGAUGCAGACAAUAAAUACUAUGAAAGAUAGAUAUCAUAAAAAGAUAUAUUUCAGCACAGGUUCUGAAGAUAGGAAGGAUAACGAUCGCAUUGUAAAAAAGCCUAUGGAGAAAUUCUUUGGACAAACAUAUCAUAACCCAUAA